AUGGCAGAGGUAUUAUCAGAUCACGUCGAGGAGAUCUCAAAUGAACCUCAAACGGAAACGAUCAUGCAGGAUAAGAGCGAAAAGGGAGGCAUUUGUAAAGAUGUCCUCCUAGACGCCGAAUACUCGCACAUAAAUCACCCCGAGCCAUGGCGAUUUGAGCACUGGAUUCCUGGCGGAUAUAGCCAGUCCAGGAUGAUAAGAUUCAAGAAUCCAUCGGCGAUGUACAAGGCCAUCAACUUCUUUGCCGGUAUUGCGAUUUGCUUCUACGGGUAUGACCAAGGUGUUAUGUCCAUGGUCAAUCUGAAUCAUGAUUAUCAGAAGCUUAUGGGAAUCUAUCCCCUUGAAGGAAGUUCUAGAAACACAGCAGCGGAGGGUGGUAUCGUUGCUGUAUACUACGGCGGCACAAUGGUCGGUGCGCUCAUGGCUGGUGCAUUGGCAGACCGAUGUGGACGUGUGAAGGCCAUUGUCUUUGGUUGUUUGUGGGUUGUUUUGGGCGCUGCGCUUCAAGCUUCGGCUUAUAAUAUUACGUGGAUGUGCUUUGGGCGUGUUAUUGGUGAGUUUCGCAUUGCACAUGGAACUACGGUGAUUAACCUGACUGGUGUUUACCUAGCUGGCAUUGGUGUUGGAGCCAUUGAUUGUGUAAUUCCGGUCUGGUCAGCAGAAGUCAGUAGUCACUCGGCUCGAGGAGCAUUUUUGGCUCUUGAAUUUGUGAUGAAUAUUGGCGGCCUGGCAAUGGCCUACUGGAUCGAAUACUUCGCAUCGUUGAAUUCUAACCAGUCCAUGGCUUGGCGUACACCCCUCGCCCUUCAAUUAGUCUUCAUCUUCUUCAUAGGAAUUGGAAUCAACUUCUUCCCCGAGUCCCCUCGCUGGUUGAUGAAGAUGGGUCGAUAUGAAGAAGCACGGGAUAUCCUACGAGCCACACGACCCGGCGACAUCGAAUCCGAGGCACGGCAGAUCAUCCAGACAGUGCAGCACGAGCUGAAAGUAUCAUCAGCAAACCAAUAUCUUACGAUGAUUUUCCCGAAAGAUGAAUAUACACGCAAACUGCGAUGGCGAGUAUUCCUCGCCGUGUGGUUGCAGAUCAUGCAAGAGCUUGUCGGCAUCGGCGUGGUCACUGUCUACGCCGUCGAUCUAUUUUCCACAGCAGGUUUCAACGAGAACUUAUCCAAGCUCCUGGCUGGCUUUAACAAUAUCAGCUACAUGUUUUCUGUCUUCUUCGCGGUUAUCACUUUAGAUCGAUAUGGGCGCAGACAAACAAUGCUCUGGGGCGCUGUCGUCAUGUGUCUUGCUCUUCUUGUAGCAGGUAUCCUGGAUAUGUAUGCCCAGGAAGCCGGACCAAACCAGAGGAAAUAUGGAGCCGGCGUCGCGGCCAUGACCUUUUUCUAUACGGCUACAUUUGGUGCUACAUGGCUGACAACACCUUGGCUCUAUCCAACAGAGAUCUUCCCAUUGACUGUCCGUGCCAAGGGAGGUGCGUGGUCCGUUGUAGGCUGGUCGAUCGGAAAUGGCGUCGUGACAAUGAUCACUCCUUUCCUCUUCCAGGCCAUUGGAUAUGGUACGCUUCUACUCCUUGCCGGACUGAAUGUAUUUGUCAUUCCGUUUCUCAUUCUACUCUAUCCUGAGACGGCUGGUCGGAGUCUAGAGCAAAUGGAUGUUUUCUUCGACAAUGCCGAUUCUUGGAAUGUAUUUACUGCUAGCAAGGGAAUUCGGGAAAAAGGGUUUGACGAUUGGCAGUGGACCAAGAAGGUUUCCACGAGGGAAACUCCUGUUGAUUAA